UGUGUGAUACAGGUGCAGUAGGACAGACCAGCUGACUGAGGAGCAGGAGGAGGGGCAGGCAGGCAGGCAGGCUGGCCGAGGUCCUGCUGCACGCCGACACUGAGCACACUUGAACGGAGGGAAGCUGCGACGCGCACCGCUGCUGCUGGUUCUGAGCCCCCGGCAGCCAUCAGACAUUCACCUGUCUAGGAGUUUAGCUAGCAGGCUAAAUAGUUGAAAGUCUGAAAAAACAAAGUGUCUACAGUAAUAAAUUAAAGAUAGGAGCUGUAACUAGUUGUUGCAGUUGCAGGUUAAAAUGUCUAUCUUACCGUUCACCCCUCCAGUUGUGAAGAGGCUUCUUGGCUGGAAGAAAGGAGAGCAGAACGGACAGGAGGAAAAAUGGUGUGAAAAAGCUGUCAAAAGUCUGGUGAAGAAGUUAAAACGGACGGGACAGCUGGACGAGCUGGAGAAGGCCAUCACAACACAGAAUGUCAACACAAAAUGCCUAACUAUACCCAGGUCUUUGGAUGGACGUCUGCAGGUUUCCCACAGAAAAGGUCUUCCUCAUGUGAUCUACUGCCGCUUGUGGCGCUGGCCGGAUCUGCAGUCCCACCAUGAACUCAGAGCUGCCGACCACUGUGAAUUUGCCUUUCACACCAAGAAGGAUGAAGUAUGUGUCAACCCCUAUCACUACCAGAGGGUGGAGACACCAAUUUUGCCUCCCGUUCUAGUGCCACGACAUACAGACAUCCCUGCCGAGUUCCCACCACUGGAUGACUACAGCCCAUCCAUCCCUGAAAACACCAAUUUUCCCGCUGGCAUUGAGCCCCAGAACAACUAUAUUCCUGAAACUCCCCCACCAGGGUACCUGAGUGAGGAUGGUGAGACAAAUGAUCACCAGCUUAACCACAGCAUGGACACAAGUUCACCCAGCCUGUCACCCAAUCCUGUAUCCCCUGCAAACAAUAAUCCUGACUUUCAACCUGUGACAUAUUGUGAAUCUGCCUUCUGGUGCUCCAUCUCCUAUUAUGAGUUGAACCAGCGUGUUGGAGAGACCUUCCACGCUUCACAACCCUCCCUUACAGUAGAUGGAUUCACAGAUCCCUCCAACUCCGAACGCUUCUGUCUGGGCUUGCUGUCAAACGUCAACCGCAACUCAGGAGUAGAACUCACACGCAGACACAUAGGUCGGGGUGUGAGGUUAUACUACAUCGGGGGUGAGGUGUUUGCAGAAUGUCUCAGUGAUAGCGCCAUCUUUGUCCAAAGCCCUAACUGCAACCAGCGCUAUGGGUGGCAUCCUGCCACUGUGUGCAAAAUACCUCCAGGCUGCAACCUGAAGAUCUUCAACAACCAGGAGUUUGCUGCGCUGCUCUCUCAGUCAGUCAACCAGGGAUUUGAGGCAGUCUACCAACUUACCAGGAUGUGUACUAUUCGGAUGAGUUUUGUUAAGGGUUGGGGAGCUGAGUACAGACGUCAGACAGUGACCAGCACCCCCUGCUGGAUAGAGCUACAUCUUAAUGGUCCCCUUCAGUGGUUGGACAAGGUCCUCACACAGAUGGGCUCCCCCAGCAUCCACUGCUCUAGUGUGUCCUAGGAGCAGCCCUCCUUCCCAUCCACACUCAAACACCCCCAUAGGAAUCAAUCCACAGAAACAGCAUUUCCCCUGCUGUGUUUGACAUUUCUCAUCACAUGUACAGCACUGUCUUUAGUGUCAUUUAGUGUCUCAAUUUCAUGGUCAUUGUAGGACAUUUUUAUGGGUUUUAUUAUUUUCAGAAGACAGAAGUGCAUCUUCAUGAUUAUUCUUUUACAUAUUAUGUCCAUCCUUCCUGUUAAUUAACUUUACAUUUCACAAAGGAGACUGAAAUGUUUGUUUUCCAAGUUGGAAGAUAUGCAGUUUCAACUUGGCCAUCGACAUGUUUUAAAACAUUUUUGAUUCUAUGAAUUAAUCAAUAUUAUGAAUAAGCCUUUAGUGUCCCAGCAAUCACUGAAUUGGGAAGCUUAUUUAAUAAAAAAAAACGAUAAAUUAACAUGAGAAAUGUUAUUUAUAGUGACAGAAUAUAUUUCAUUAAUAUUUUAAGUAGAAGGUACUUUCCUUUAUUGAUUUAUGAUCAAUAAAGAAACCAAUUAUCUGAUCAGUGAAUUGGUAUUUUGUCUAGCUUUAAAAAAAACAAACAGUAUCAGUGUUUCUGAUAUAGAGCCCUUGUAUUAAAAGUAUUUUGCUCAAUGAAAGAGACAUUUUCUAAGUUAUUUUUGCAUAUUGUCCUGCAUGAGAAUAUAUUUUUCUUAUUGCCUAAAUAUGAUUGUACAUAAAUAUUUAUAGCUUGUGUAAUCUGCUAGUCAUCCAUUGCUUGAAAGAGUGGAUCAAAGUGAACUCUGACAUGGGUGGAUUCAUAGUAAGACUACUUAGAUGAACUUUUCAGGUGAGUUGGUUCUGAAGUGUGGCACAGGAAUACUGUACCAACCAUUAGUGUUAUUUGAUAACAGGCUCGAUGAGUCAUUAUAGUAGACUGACUGAAUCUGGACACCAUGUGACUUGAAGUAUGAAGUGUACAGUGACCAAGGUUGUGUGAAAACAACAAUGCAGGUCUUCUUAUGUAUUAUCAAUUGUUAACCAAUGGUACACUAUGCUCCUUAUGGGUAAAUGAUGCAUUUCAAGUUUAUUGUGUCACUUUAAUGGUUGUGGUAAUUUGCUUGUCCACUAAAUACUGUAUAUUACAUGUACAUUACAAUAUAAGGCAUGUGUAAUAUGCUCACUGUCCUUGGUCGUUGUCUAAGACGUCACCAUGUUAAUCCUGCACUCACUCACAGUACAUAAGACUGAGUCACCAAGCAAUCUAUUUAAAGGAGUUACAUGGUGCUGAACGGAAACACUGUACUACACAGUACAUUAGGUAUGUGGUAGGUCUGUAUCAGUACUUGAGUUCCUUGAUAUUCUUUUAGUGGUUUUAUGAUCCAAGUCUUAUGUUUUUGUUUUUUAAUGUAGACUAAUAUUUGUUCUCAAAUGUCUAGAAUUAUCUGUGAAAUUUUAAUAAAUUGCAAAACAGUAAAAAGAGGGCUGCUUCUCUGUAAAAGGAAUUAUGUAUGAAAUCUAAAUGUAAAAAGAACAGUUGCCUCACAGCAGCUGGUGCAUUCAUUGUACCACUAAAUUGACCCUUUCUGUGUUAGGGUGGCGACCUGUCUGGGGUACACUCUGCUUCUCAUACAUGACCCUGCACCAAGGAGUAAAGUUGCUUAUUAUACACCGUGACAAAAAUUUGAAAUUGAUAUACAUAAAGCGGAUAAGUGUCCUGUAAUAAAUGAUAUAAUCAGGAAACCUGUAGAGGUGACGCGACACUCUUUUGCUAAACGGCAUAGUGUUUGAUGGUAUGUAUGUACAGUAUAAUAUAUUUUUAAAUGUGCUUCUCUACUCAUUAAGGCUUGAUAAAAAUAUUAGAAACUCCCCACUGCGCUACAUCUAAAUUACUUAUUU